AUGCCUCACAAACGAACAAAAAUACACGUCCCUCAAGCCACGCCCAGUGGUAACCAAAAGAUAUCCUUUCGUACCGACACGAGACUUCCCCCAGCGUUCGAAUCCGAGGCCGAAAGAGAUUCCAUAAAGUCGUGCGUCCGAUCUCUCUGGAGCAUCACUAAGAACUACGAUCCCAUAAUUGUUAUGGGACCAUGCGAAAACAAGAAGGUUAUGAUUGAUGUCUGUGAUGGACGUGUCGAGAAUAUAGUGUUCAUGCCGCGGCUCUACGAUCCCUCCAAGGAUUGCGAAACAGCUAUCAAGGACUUCAUAGCGAACAUAAUGUUUCUGAAGGACAUGGGCUGGAGGGCUCCGUCUAAAGAGCCGGAGAGGAGAUGGAGGAACAAUCCUCGGUAUCUGGAGAUUUUGGUUGCGGGCAGGUGCCACGAAAGGAAUCCACUUGAGGAGCAGAUUAAAGUUAACAUGAGAAAAGAUACACCAGAUCCAAGAGACUCUGCAGCUCGAACAGAGUACCAGGCAGCUAUAGCGCUACGAGGUUUUGUAGACAUCGACAAGGACAGUAUCGAGGUAGGUGAGUGGAAGUUCACUGCAGAAGAGGCACUUGAGUCUUUGCAUCAUGGGACCCUGCAUUCAGACAGUUCAGACAGACGUUUGCAUGUUGAUAAAUUUCCAAUACAAACAGACUUUGGGUGA